GCUGCUCCUUCCAGAAACGCAGCCAUUCAUGCUGAGGAGGUGCUCCGUGAGAUUUCCCCCUUCCAGAUCUGCACUGUCGUCGCUGCAUCUGUCAAUAGCCUUUGUCGCCUCCAUCUUCCACGCAUACCGCCCUUCCAGCUUCGCCCGCCUCUGCACAUCCACGCUGCAGCGGCGUGCCUCCAGAUCUCUCUGCAUGGCAACGGCAAAAACCGACACGGCCCCGCAAUGGCAAAAACUCGACCGCACAACCGUAGUGUCGAGUCCUGACGAAGUGGGUGCGGGCGAGCAGCUGAAGCUCAUCGGGACACACGACGGCGUCUUCCACUGCGAUGAGGUGACGCACCGCGUGAGUGCCAGCCAGGGCUGUGACUUACUUGUCGGUCGCGUGUCUGUGAUAGUGCUGAUUGUCGGUGAGUGAGUGCAGGUGUUGGCGUGUGCACUGCUGCGUCUGCUGCCCGAGUACGAGAGCGCGGCAGUGAUCCGCUCUCGAAAUCCUGCCUACCUCGACAGGGCCCACACAGUGGUGAGUGAAAGCACACUCACGCAAGGCUCUCGGCGACUGAGUGUUUCCCUCCCGGCAAUCUGUGCACCUGACUGCCACUGCCCCUGUGAUGCAUUCAGGUCGAUGUGGGUGGCGUCUACGACGCGGCCGCCCGUCGCUUCGACCACCACCAGGCCGGAUUCGCCGACGUGCUUGGUGGUGGGUUUGAGACCAAGCUCUCGUCCGCAGGCCUUGUCUACAAGCACUACGGCAGACGCGUCAUCGAGACGAUUGUCGGCCCGCAGGCCGCCGCCGCCGCCAUUGACGUCAUGUACAAGAAGAUCUACCAGUCCUUCGUGGAGGCCAUCGACGGCAUUGACAACGGGAUCGAGGUGGCGGACGGGCCGCUGAGGUACAAGAUCUACACGCACCUGAGCGGACGAGUGGGUCAGAUGAACCCGCGAUGGAACCAGGAACAAUCGCCCGGGCAGAGCAACGCGGCCUUCAAGCGGGCGAUGCGGCUGGCGGGAGAGGAGUUCGUCAACAGUGUGGUCGACUUGUGGGACUCGUGGUGGCCGGCCCGCGAGAUCGUCAAGUUGGCGUAUGGGAACCGGCACAACGUCCACUCCUCCGGGCAGAUCGUUCUGCUCGAGAGAUUCUGCCCAUGGGCCUCCCAUCUUUUCGACAUCGAGCAACAGCAGCAACAGCAGCAACAGCAGGGCGGCUCUUCAAGCGUGCCUCCAGUGGUGUACGUCAUCUACGCCGACGUGAAGGGCUCGUGGCGCGUGCAAGCCGUUGCCGAGGAGGAGGGCUCCUUCACAUCGCGCAAGGCCCUUCCCGAGCAGUGGCGGGGGCUGAGGGAUGAGGAGCUGAGUCGUGUGAUGGGCAUAGAGGGGGGAGUGUUCGUGCACGGCACUGGGUUCAUCGGGGGCCAUGCGACGAAGGAGGGAGCGAUGAAGAUGGCCGAGAAGGCACUCGCUGCAUGAUAUGAUGGGCUGCUAGGGGAACGAUGGGUGGUUGGCUGGCUGGACGUUGCGUUGCGUGUCACUUGGACCGAACAGCUAGUGGCAUGUGUUUAUGUAUGUGCGUCGACUCGAGUCACAUUUACCUCUCUGAAUGAAUCGC